AUGGAUGACUUAGAUAUUUUUGCCGAGCUGAAGGACAUGGCCAGGGCCUCACUGUUUCUGAACGAGCCAGAGAAUGCCGAACCUCUCCCCGCCGAUGUCACGCAUCGCCAACGCGACAUGGACCUCGAGGUCCCUCCUGAGAUACUCAACCACGUCCCUCAGCCCCCAAAGUUUGGUAAAGCGAAGUAUCUCGUCAAGCUCGAGAAUCCGAUUCAUUCACCCGAGAUUGUCCAUCGUUUGGGAUAUAUUACCAAGUCACACGAGGUGUUCACAGCGACCGACGAAGAUGGAGACACCACCAAGUUCUGCAAGAUUGGAGAGGAGGCGAAGUUUCACAUAUUGCAGCACUUCCGCCAGAACAAGUCCAAAUUUCAACCUACCAUCAUCAGAUACAACGUGGCCGACAAGGACCUUUUCAAGACCUCAAUCUACCCAAGUCUUGGAUGCGACGCCACGUUACCGCAGAACCGCAUCACCGGCGACAAUGACAAGAGGCUUCAACCUGCCCAGGCCGAGUAUCCGGUAUGGUACUUCUUCUACGGAACGCUGGCGGACCCCGACGUCCUUCGAGAGCAACUGGGCGUGGAAGUUAACUAUCGCGAGGCAUCAAUCAAGGGCGGUGCUUUGAAGACAUGGGGUGGAAAGUACAAGGCGCUUGUAGAUGCGCGGGAUGGCAAGGCGCCGCCUGUGAAAGGAAAGGCUUUUGAAGUCAUGGACGAGGAGAUGGAGGAAACGCUUCGGACUUAUGAGACGGACAAGUAUGAGGUUACGAGAUGCUUGAUUGAGAUGGCGGAUUCUGUUGAGGAGGUCAGAGGCUUGACAUUUCGCUUUGCUGGGGAGGCGACUGAGGUAGAGUAG